AAUAGUGGAUAAAAAUUGCCGUGUAUGUGCGAAGACUUGGAUGAACUACAGAGCAGUGAAUACACAGCGAGUUUCUUCUGGAUUAUACCACUGGGUCGAUAUCUUUGCGCAAGAUUUCCAAAGAUUCCCAAAGAUGGGAAUCUGGGAAUAUUUAUUGGUGACCAGCUUCGAUCUCCAGAUGCGCGCACCGCGUCCUCGUCCUUCCGCCGCCUUCUCCGCCUUCCAUCUCUCUCCAUAAAAGCCAUUCAACCUAUCUCGAUAACGCCGAGGAUUCGACGGAGAAGCGGAGGGGAGUAAAAAAAAAGCGACAUUUUUCACUCAAAAUCUCCUAGCCUUGUCUUCUUCCCUUCUGUUCCGUCCAAUCCUUCGGUCUUGUCGUUCGUUAUCGAGGAUUCCAAUGCGGUCAGAUCAGUUGAUACUACCCAAGUUCGGAGCUUGAUUCGUUGCUGUUGGAGUUGCAGGAGCCCUAGGAUCGUCCCCAGUGAUCGGGAAGAGAAAAAGGGAUCGCCUUUUUUGCGGGAGGGAGAUGGUUUUCAUAGCAAGGAUAGAAAAGAGGUGAAUUUUGUAAAUUUAAGGGUGUGGGAGAGUUUGGAAUUAUAGCAGAAUUGAGAUGAAGCCAAGGAGGGAAGGGGAUGAAGAGGAGGAAGAGUUGUGGGCAAACUCUCCAAAAAAGGAUUCGCUGCUUAGGCUCAUAAAAAUUGUUACGGGCGUAGUUGUUUUCAUGGCAGGGACAGUUCUUGGCUUGUCAUGGGGUGUGCGUUUCCAUCGGCAUAUAUCGCAGACUGAUAUCUUCUUCCCGACAGAGCUAUACACAAAAGAUUGUGGGAAGGUUAACUUGAAGCUUAAAAAUUUCAUUGAGCCAUGCCAUUUGAUGCAUGGGAUGACAGAUAAAGAACUCUUUUGGAGGGCUUCAUUGGUAUCCAAGAUAAAGGAGCAUCCAUUCAAUAGAGUGCCAAAGGUGGCCUUUAUGUUUAUGACUGAAGGACCUUUACCAUUCUUUCCAUUGUGGGAUAAGUUUUUCAAAGGUCACCAAGGGCUCUUCACAGUUUAUGUGCAUACAUAUCCAGGAUACACACUAAAGGUCCCUGAGACCUCUUUCUUCUACGAUCGUCAAAUUCCAAGUGAGAAGACUAAAUGGGGCUCAAUAUCACUGGUAGAUGCAAGAAAGCGCCUCUUGGCCAAUGCUUUGCUGGACUUAUCCAAUGAGCGCUUUGUUCUGCUCUCCGAGAGUUGUAUCCCGGUCUUCAAUUUCCCGACUGUCUAUAAUUACCUCAUCGACUCUGCCUACAGCUUUGUUCAGUCUUAUGAUGAAAACCCAAUCCAAGGCCAAGGAUACUAUGACAGCCACAUGGCCCCUGAAAUAAAUCAUUCUCAAUGGAGAAAAGGGACUCCGUGGUUUGAAGUCCAGCGUUCACUGGCGGUUAAUAUAGUUGCAGACAACAAAUACUACUCUAUUUUCAGGAAAUAUUGUAAAACUACUUGUCACUCUGAUGAUUCCUACAUUCCUACAUACUUGAACAUGCUGGAUGGGAUCUUGAAUGCAAACAGGACAGUUAUUUGGGCUGACUGGUCAAUGAGAGGAAGCCACCCUGCAACAUAUGGCCACGAAGACAUUACAGAGGGUAUCAUUCAGUCUAUCAGAAAUAAUGGGACCAUCUGUAGAUACAACUCCAAGCCAAGUUCCGUCUGUUUCCUUUUUGCGAUGAAGUUUUCUCCUGAUGCAUUGGAACCCCUGCUCAACCUCACUUCAACAGUUAUGAAAUUCUAAAUUCUUUCUCUACACCUUUGCCCUUGUUUCUUCCUCUCCCUCUUCUCCGAUUGGCAGAGGAAAUAUACUCUUCUCAUCAGGGAUUCUUACCUUCUGUGUAUUUGGAUUAGAGGAGGUUUCAAGCAUGUGUUUUAUGGUACUAAGAACUUGUGUUGAAAAGUCGGAUUGUCCCUAAGUUUAAUCGAGAGGUUGGCAGGAUCACCAAACAUGAAACAUCUCGGUUAUAUUUUCUUUUUCCCCAGUUUUAGCUUUGUGAGAUAUGUAUUCAAAGAGGAAUUUGAAAUUCUGCAGCAGAAUGUGGUUGUACACUAGUUUAGUGAAUACAAGCUCGUCAUUUGUUAGGCCGUCAGACAGUCAGCAAAGUUCAAGUAAAUUUGACCUCUUUACAUUAGUAUAUUUGAAUUAGCUCAAAUAAUUGUUGCCUGUUCUUGAGAAAACAGACUUAUAAGUUGUUUGGUGCAUGGUUGCUAGGCCAAGGGAUGAUGGAUCCAUGGAUACUGCGCUGCUAAAAUUCUAGAAUUGGAGAAUGGAAAGAGGGAAGUGAAAACCCAGGUCACCAAUUAUUUUGAAGAGGCCCAAGCAUUCUAAUGUGGUUGUUCUCAUUUUCUUUUGCUUGUUAUCAAUGACUGCAUGCAGCUUAACAAGUUUAGCAUAUUUAAAUUUAACUCUUUGAAAUUAGGAGGGAAGCCCCAAAAAAUGAAAAAUUUCCCAGCUAUUAAGAGAUUCUGCCUGA